AUGGCCGACAUCUCUCACACUCCCUUGGAUAAUAAGGCUAGUCCAAUUCAAGUCCCCGGCCUCCAUGGUCUUCCCGUCAAUGUGUUACUCCCCCACGAUCAGUUCGCUACUGGGGUCAGUGAAUCGUGGUGGCCAGUUCCCAUUCUCACGGUCAAGGAACUAGCCAUCAUGGAUCUAAUUAAUACCAUCACCGACCGACCGAAUUGGAACCGCGCCAUCUUUGACCAGAAGGUGACUGCUCAGUGGCGAGAAGACGCGAUGGCAUCGUCGCCGCUAAUCAAUGACAAAACCUGGGACUGGUGGUUGCAGGAGCUGCAAGACAAGGCUCGACGGUUCGAUAGAGACGGCCGUUUGGUAGUCUUCAACACACAUAGCGGUGUCUGUAAAUCCGAUACGGCAAUCCCUUCCCUGCUGGAGUGCCAACUGUCGAAUUCCGUUGAAAACUUAUCUCGCCAGGUCAUUCAACAGAAACCAGAGGCAGGUAUGACGGACCUUGUCGACCCAUCUUUGUUUCCUCUGGUUUUUGGGAGAACAAAAAUCCUGGUCGGAGGACAGUCUUGUGGCAUGGAAGCGAAUCUCUGGUCCUCAUGCAAUAAAAAGGACCAGGUUGUGUCAGAUCGGCCACAUGUGGUAGAACACGGCGAAAAUUGGACAUGGGAAGCCGGCGAGUCCAUCUGGUCCUCGAAAUUCCAGUGGCUGCCAUGCGAAGUGGAGUUCACCGGUCCUCCUGGCUCUACAGAUGUUCACAUUUCGUCUUACAUCAACAAUCUCCAUCCAACAAACCACGAAAUGUACUCAGCAAUCGAGACCGUGAUCUCCGGCAGCAUCAAGCAAUGGAACAAAAUCUUGGUUCGUAACAAGUGGAUAGGCGGGCGUUGCCGCCACUGUCCUCGUGAGCCCAUGCGAAUCCGCACUUACGGGGUCGAGUGGAAAGCUCAGUUCCCUGAAUGGGCAAAGAAAUUGCCCCCCAAAGAAGACGAGGACAAGCUCCCUGCCGAGGAAUACGAAGCCAUGUCGGCUCUAGUGGAGACAUACCUUCAGGAGCCUGAAUCCACGGAUGAAGUGCGCUGGAAUCGGGUCAGAACGCAAAGGAUCCCGCGGGAUUGGAAGACCCGCUGGGGGUUGCUGCGCACAUCCUUGACCAAAUAUGCAAACACGUUCGUCUUUGAGCACUCAGACCCAGGAACCGCGUACUCGUACGAGAAUUGGAAAGCAGGGCGGACGGGCAAAGCAAUCGUCGGUCCGUCGCAUCAUGAGUACAUUUGCCAUCCGGAGUAUGAACAUCGUAAAUUCAUGGAAGCAAACCCCUGGUUGGAACCGUACGAAUGGAUGUAUGCACCAAAGGAAGAGGACCCUGCUGAUCAUGAGUUCUACACGGUUGCAUUGCAGGAUGAGUUUCGAGAAAAAGGUCUCCAGGUGGUCGUCCGAGUCCAUAGCAUCGAGCUUGAUCCUGAGACACCAUCCUUUCCCGGCACGGAGUGGCACAUCGAAGGCAAUGCAAAUGAACGCAUAGUCGCCAACAGCGUUUACGCGUUUGACCUGGAAAACAUGUCCCAGCCGCACAUCAGCUUCCGGCAGAGAUGUACACACGAUACCGCUACUUGGGUUUAUGACCGAAUCGGUGCCCUGGAUUCAGAUGACGAUGAGGACACGUCUGACGAAAUUUACAUGAAGAACAACUUAUGGGACAUCAAGUACAUAGGAAGGCUUUUCGGAGUGGAAGACAUGCAAGGUAGUCCGGGAUGGCAACAGCUUGGGACAGUCAAGAUGUCUUCGGGCCGCCUGAUUUCCUUCCCCAACGCCUUCCAACGCCGCUUGGGCCCCAUACAACUCCAGGACAGAUCCAAGCCCGGGCACUGCCGUUUUCUCACUUUGUCCCUUGUUGAUCCAACCUACCGCCUUUGCUCUACGCGGAACGUCCUGCCCCAGCAGACUGGUUGGAUUCGAGGCGAUGGCGAUGAGUCUGCGAUGCAAAUGGACUUGGCAGAGGCCCUUGAGCUGCGCGAGGAAUUGAUGAAGAAACACGCCGAGAAGGAGGAGGGCGUCUAUAGGCUUCCUCGAAAUAUCUGCUUUUCUGGAUUUUGGUGA